CCUUUCCGUGCCGGGCUCCCGGCCCCCGGGCUCCGCGGGACCCUGCGGGGCUGGGGUCGCGCCGGCGGGGGUCGGGGUCCGCGCCUCCGUGCACCCCGCCGAGUCCACUGCCGAGCCCCGAGCUGUGUGCCCGCCCGGGGUCCACUGCGCGUACGGCCUUGGCGCCUGGAGACUAUUUGCUGAGUCACUCGCUGCACUUUCUCCGGGGCAGCUGUUGCGUUAGAGACUUCUGGGCCCCGCGGUCCCGGGGCUGCUGCGUCCCGGGAGCGGCCCCCAGGGUGGGGCGGUGGCGGCCGGUGGAGAGGACGGGGAAGCACUGCAGACAACUCUCCCCGUGCGUGGGGACUGGGUCCCAAAGGUUCUGGAGGACACAUGCCGGCGGCAGGACUUCAACCCCAGCGAAUACGAUCUGAAGUUUCAGAGGAAUGUGCUCGACCUGUCUCUCCAGUGGAGGUUUGCCAAUCUGCCCAAUAAUGCCAAGCUGGAGAUGGUGCCUGUCUCCCGGAGCCGCGAGGGGCCCGAGAACAUGGUCCGCAUCGCUCUGCAGCUGGAUGAUGGCUCUCGGUUGCAAGACACCUUCUGUUCGGGCCAGACGCUCUGGGAGCUUCUCAGCCAUUUUGCACAGACCAGGGAGCGCCUGGAGCAGCCGAGCGAGGCCAGCCCGGUCUGUGUGUACAUGAGGGACGAGGUGACCGGCAGAGCCGCCUUGCAGGCCACGACGCUCCAGUCCCUGGGCCUCACUGGGGGCAGCGCCAUCAUCAGGUUCUCCAUGAAACGAUGCAGCUCGGCUGGUGGGCAGGACCCUGGGGUCUCCCGGAGCAAAACCCCAGGAAGCCCGACCCCCUCCCUGUCCGCCGACCAGGCCGCCGGCAGCCCCCUGCUCCCGCUGGAUCCAGCUGGGCUCAGCCAGGGUGACGUGAGCCAUCACGAUGAAGCAGCCACCUCGGGGACCGGCCAUGUGGAUGCUCAAGCCAAGCCGACCUCGAAGGAGCCCACCCCCGCCCCCUUUGUUCCCUUCUCAGGAGGGGGACAGCGCCUGGGGGGCCCCUCCGGGUCCACCAAGUCUGUGGUGUCGCCUUCAGCCAAGUUGCCUAAGUCCUUCUCCAGCCCCGGAGGCCCCUCCAAGCCCAAGAAGUCGCGGCCGGGCCAGGAACCCCCGCCAGAGCCAGAGCCGCCAGUGGAUCGGGACCCCGUGGUGUGCCACCCGGACCUGGAAGAGCUGCUCCAGGCUUGGCCCGCGGAGCUGCCGGACGAGUUCUUUGAAGUGACCGUGGAUGAUGUGAGAAGACGAUUGGCCCAGCUCAAGAGUGAGCGGAAGCGCCUGGAAGAAGCGCCCUUAGUGACCAAGGCUUUCAGAGAGGCUCAGAUGAGGGAGAAGCUGGAGCGCUACCCCAAGGUGGUCCUGAGGGUCCUGUUCCCUGACCGCUACAUCCUGCAGGGCUUCUUCCGCCCUAACGAGACUGUGGGGGACUUGCGGGACUUUGUGAGGAGCCACCUGGGGAAUCCUGAGCUGCCUUUCUACCUGUUCAUCACUCCUCCCAAAACUGUCCUGGAUGACCACACGCUGACCCUCUUUCAGGCAAAUCUCUUCCCUGCUGCCCUUGUGCAUCUUGGAGCUGAGGAACCGACAGGCCUCUUCCUAGCGCCGAGGCUGCUGGAACACACGGUUUCCCCGUCUGCGGCUGACGUGCUGGUGGCCAGGUGCAUGUCCAGGGUUGCUGGGACCUCACCCCCAAUGCCGGCCCCUGACCCUGCACCCCUUGACUUGGAGCCAGCGGCUGAGGCGGAGGCAGUGCGGCUCCCUGAACCCAGCCCUGGGUCGGCCCAGCCGGUCAGAAGGGACCUGGGCAAGGUGCCCAAGUGGCUGAAGCUGCCAGCCGGCAAGAGGUGAGGGCCGCCAGCCUGGACGCACCAUCUGCCGCCACAGGACCCCCCCGCCACCCCGAGCAGGAAUAAAGGUGUGAGCUGCUCUCCCGCC